UCCCCCGGACCCCGUGACGGCCCCGUCCCGCCCCGGCAGGCGGGAGCGCGGGCAGCGCUGGGUCCCGCUCGGCGCGGAGCAGCCAUGGGCUCGGCGGCGCAGCUCCCGCCGCCAGCGCCGCUCGGGGAAUGCGAGCGGGAAGCGGGGGUAGCGGAGGCGGCCGCCCGGCACCGGCGGCGCCCGGAGGAGCAGGUCCACCAAGAGCAAAGGAACCACACCACAGAACCUGUGAUAGAUGACUACAAAAAGAUGGGGACUCUGUUCGGAGAACUAAACAAAAGCCUUAUCAGAAUAGGCUUCACAAGGAUGUACUUUGGAGAACGGAUAGUGGAACCCGUGAUAAUUAUAUUCUUCUGGGUUAUGCUCUGGUUUCUUGGCCUACAAGCUCUUGGACUGGUGGCUGUUCUGUGCCUUGUCAUUAUUUAUGUACAACAGUGAAAUUUUAUAGGUACUAUUUGGAUGACGUAUUUCAAUGCUGUCACUAUGUCAGUGGAUUUAUGUGUUUAUGCAAAUGGGUGGUGUAUCAAAAGCUGCAGUGCUUCAAAUUGCUGAACUUCUGGUGAGGGGGACUAAAAUUACAUUUUAAACCAAAUCAGCACUGCCCUACUACAUCUUUUAGGGGGAAGAAAGGAGAUGUUUGUAAUGUAAUGGUGUGAAAUGUACUGUUUCCUGCACUCUUGGGGCCUUAGCCAAAGGACUGGCGUUUUGUUUUCCCUUCCACUCUCCCCAUGAUCUUGCUUUGUAUAGUGAAAAUUUCAUGUCUGGUUUUAAGAGGACACUUGUGUGUCCUCUUGAGCUCUGUUUCACUGCUGAGAGGGCUCAUGUGCUGUUUGUUCCCCGAAUCUGCAUAAUUUGUUAGUGUUUUGCUGAAAAGCUAAACCUGUGCAAGGGAGAUUUGGUUACAAACCUGCAUUUGUAAGAUGAGUACAACUUCCAGACACAAAAGCAACUUUGGGUAAUGUAGUUUAUAGUAAGCUCUCCCCCAGGAAACAAGCUGUAGCAGCAAAAUGCCCUUAUACUAAUGCUAGUGACAUCAGACAAGACUUCAGCUGUUGUUCAGGAGAAAUUGCGGUCCUACAUUGGCCUUGGGGUCUAGUGUAGCACUGCCUUGUUUUUUGGAAAUGUACUCAGCUCCUGCUGCUAUUUUUCUUUCUUUAUUUUUUGUACUUGCUCUUUCCCCCAGCCCUCCUUCUUAAGAUAAAUAUUUGGAUAAUUCAUGGAGUUUGUAGGUAGUUCCAGCUGCAGUGUUGGACACUUGCCAUUCCAGACAGCAUGAAUGUUGUAUGCUUCCUCUGGGUGGUGUGACAAGUGGCUGAACAACCAGAUUCCAGACCAGAUCUCUCAAUGCUUCCCACGUUUGCUGCAGUGUGGGCCCACACAAGCUAAAGUUUUGUGCACCUAAGCCAACUCGACCUGUUUCCUCAUGCAAGGCAAGAAUGGAGUUGAAACCAGGUGGUCAUUUUACUUAGUAGUCUUAACUGGUUCCUUUCCAUACUAGGCAGCAAAAAUGCCUACCUAUAGGUAUAUGUCAUGGGCCACACAGCCUAGAGAAUAGGUUAUAUAGAUUCAGGAGUGGGUGCAAAAUUCACUCAGCUCCCCAGUAGCCACCCCAGGGUUGUGCUGGGUAUUUCCAAGUUCUCUUCUUUUCCUGAAGAGAAACAGAAAAAUGGGACAGAAUCUUUACUACUUAUACUUUACUACUACUGCUAAAUAGGCUACCAGUUUAAUAUUUGUUGUACAUUACUCUUAGCAAGAAACUUAAUUGCAAAAUUGAUUUCAUCUGUAGUAGAGUGAAAUUACAUAUUUGCUUAAAGAGAUGUAAUAGAUGUGAAAUUUACAGAAAAUUACUCAACCUUUUGCAGUGACUUUUUUCCUAAAUGUUUUUACAACAAUAAAUUAGUUGAAGAUGUUGUCUUAUUCAAAGACUUUUAAAGUUAAGGGAGGGUUCUCUAUAGUCCCAUUCCUGCUGCUGGAUUCUCAAGUCCAGCUUUUUGCAUGGAUCGUUUUGUCUGUUAGGCUGUUUCCAGGACUCCUGGCCCCAGUUCUUAUAGACUUUCCUGUUAGGAACAUAAUUGUUAUUUAGGGCAGUGGACAUGAAAGCCCAGCUCCUCUGGAGUCUUUUGUACUGAAAUGCCAUCUCUAGAUGUGUCUCUGUGCUUUUCUAAUGAGCAAGUAGUAUCCUUCUGAGGAGGCAGGUCACCUCUCUGGAUCUUCAGAUGACCCUGCAUGUGGAUUCAGGAGGCUCUGCUGAAGCAGCAGGACUGCAGGACUAAGGCCCAGCUGUGUAGUUAGAUGGCACCCUGUGUUGAUUGGCACUUGGUUAAAUAGUUCUGCUGGUGGCAGAGAAACCUUGGACAGCAAGUACAGGCUGAACUCAGAGGCAGGAGCUUCUGUACUCAGAAGUGCCUAGGGGGAAGCUUUGGGUUUGUUUCAAGUCCUCUAUAAAGAGAACAUCUGUUUACAUCUUUGCAGAUUUGUAUAGAUAGAAUGAUGGAGUUAUGUGUAUUCUCCUCCUGUAUAAGGGCUGUGUUACAAAAGCAUCCUGUUGUUAAAAGUAAAAAAAAACAACCUUUUUUUCUGCCCACAAUCCAGUUACUGUACAGAGGAUCUCAUCUAAUUCCCUUCAUGCCUUAGGAAAAAGUGUAUCUGUGCUACCCUUGUUGCAGUAGUUCUGUUGUGUAAGGGUGCUGUGCUGUGAGAUGGCCUGUGGUAUUUCCUUGAAGUGGUGAUUGUGCUCUGUACAUAAGGAAGGGGGAACAGUGAACCACAGGUGUGACCAACAGUCUCAGUGAGGACAUUGUUUAUAUGCAUGUGACCUUUCAGUGUGAGCAAAGCUGUGACUGUUGCACUCAUGAAUUCAUUUCAGUCGUUUGUUCGAUGUUCAUGUUUGUGUACGUGUACUCUGGGCAAAGGUAGGGUAGCUUUGGGGCUGAUACUGUGUUUAGUGGAUGUCUUAGGUGGUUUCUCUUAAGGGUAGCUAUGUCUUGUCCUUUAUAGAAGUUUUGCAUUUUUAACAACCUGAAAAAACAGUGCUAGUGGUGUAAGGUUGGCUUGAAAAUGGGAAAAGAAGAAUGCAUUGCAUGGAUAAUCCCCUUCUCCUGUUUGGUUUCAUACAUUCCCUUGUAUAUAACAAUUUGUACUGAAAUGUUCUGUCCUAAAUUUUGUGCUGUUACUGUACUAUCCCCCUCUCAUUUGCAGGGAAGGCAGGAGGAGCUAAGGGAAAAGGGGAACUGGAAUAGAAUCAGACAUAAAGAGUGGAAAGGGGAAUGCGGUGAAACAGUGCAUAUAUGUGUCCAAAGAAAUCUGAUCAUAAAUGUGUGCCAAAAGUGAGGGGGAAAUGGGUGAACAGUCCUUGCUUGUGUUCUUUAUUCCAUCCAGACAUAGUAGGAAGGCAGAGGAAGCACCAAAUGUUCAAAGGAUGUCCCUAGCUAAAAAAGCAGGAGGUUAAAUUUUAAAAAGAAAAAAAAAAGGCAAUUUCCCAGUUGUCUAUAUAGUAAAAAUUGAUAAUGUUAUUUAUGCUGUUACAUAUUAUUAUUAUUAUUGAUGGAACUGAAAGCACCUUUAUGCAUCUGUGUGUCGGACUGUAGGAAAGAAUUAUGUCCCUUAAAUCUGUGUUAAACAACAACAAAUAAUAUAUUUCCUGUUGGCCAGUGUUUUACACAUUACAAGCGUUUCACAUAACCUCCAUUUUUUAAGGGAUGGACUCUUCAGUGCUGUUUCAUGCCUGCCAAAUGCAUAACUGGUUGAAAGAGUGUGUACAGAGAAGCUCUGCAGGAGAAUCUUGGAGAACCCUGUUUGUGCUGAACACCAUCGCAUCAAAACUGUCCGUAAAAAAAGGAAAAAUCUUAUUUCUUAAAAUCUCUGUAUUGAAUGAGUCCAAUGGGGGAAGCACUUUGUUACUCUUUCUAAUAAAAAGUAUUU